AUGUCCCUGACAUUGGCAGCAGGCAAUACUCUCUCUCAUUCUCUAGUCCCAUCACACUCACGCCUACCAGCUUUUGAUGUCAAAGCAUACACAUUCCGUAAAAAGCCACGACACUACGUUGCGGUCAAACAUAAAAAUGCUUUGCGUAUCGAACCUAUCAUCUAUUUGAAGACCAGCAUCCUUGACGAUAACCGACAGGUUGUACGUGAUUGGGAUUACUUACGGUUCAAGGUCGAUCGCUUCCGUGAUAAUGCACAGCCUAAAAAGAAACUCAGUCCUGAGGAGAUGCGAGGCGCAAGGGUGUUGGAUGUAGACAUUGUUCUAGUGUCACCCAACAACAGAGAUCGGAUCAUUGAGGAUUCGUGCCCAGCUUGUGUGAUGCGAAUGGACGGCGAGAGAAAGAUCAUGCAAGUUUUGGCUAAAAAUUUUAAGCAAAGCCCGGCGGGAGAGCCGUUGAUUGAUAUCCGAAAGGGUCAUGCUAUCGUCUGUAUUAAACUUAAUUGUUAUUGCGAUCAUCACAACGAGCACGAGGGCUUUGUGGUCCGAAUGCAGACUUUACCUGAAGUUGUCCGUAUGGGUGGUUCUGUAAAGCUUCGUAUCUGUUGUGAGGCACGAUCCAAAACCGGCAGCGGAGAGCAAGAUGCGGAGGAAGAAGAGGGUUUAACAGAUAUCGACGCUCCAGUUUCUACUGGCUCCCGCUCUCCAGUCAUUGCAACUAAUGAGCAGAUGCUGCAGAGCCCAUCUUUGAGCCAUGCUAGUGCAAACAGUCCACUGGUCAGAGGUCAUCAGCGUACUCCUUCGACAAACUCAGCCUCAAUGGCCUCCCCGAAAUCGAUGGACGAGCGUGUUGUGCACUCUUUGGCGGUCGAGGGCCAAGAAAAUAGCACAAGGUUCACAAACGGCUAUGGCCAAAAUGCAGGCAACCGUAUUAUUGCCCCACCAAAAUUCCGACAAAUUUACCCCCUCACGCCUAGUGAGGGGACGAUCUUGGGAGGAACUCGAGUUACCAUCCACGGUGCUCACUUCGAUGUUCUUCAGAAUCCCGUUGUAUACUUCGGAAAGGUCCCUGCAGAACUUGUAACAGUUUCUCAUCAUGAUGUAAUGGAGUGCACAACACCCCCCGCCGAAAAUUUGAAGCCUGGAAUUGUCUCCGUCCAGAUCGCAUCUUUGGCGUUCCCACUGAGCCCACAGACUGAAAAGGUUGAUUUUAUGUACAUGGCCCCACCAGAUUACGAUUUCUGCAACUUGGCAGCAACAUCUCUGUCAUACGGUAUGGCUAAUGAGUACCCUCAGGACAAUGCUUUGGCAUAUCUUUUGAAUGCUCAUGGCAAUGGAGCAGGAAUUGGCCUUGGUUUGUUGGAUGAUCCCGCAAGCUUUGUUGGCAAUGAUUUUGACAGCGAAUCCGGACAUACACUGCUUCAUUUGGCUGUCCAAUCAGGCAUGUCCAGGCUGGUGAAGGAGUUGGUUGAUAUGGGCAUUGAUCAUACGGCGAUGGACAGAAAUAACAAGACAGCAUUGAACUUCGCCCAUAUGCUUCAAAAUGAGGAAAUUACUCAAAUACUCACAAAUGCCAAGGUACCACCUCGGCCGAUGGUCCCAAGGAUGAGCGCUGACGAUGGUAGAGAUGAUGGCAGAUCAAGACAGGACAUCGUAUCUUCUCUAAUUCGUAGAUACGAAGAAAAUUUGGUCAAAGUCGUAAAACAAGAACGUAAUCGCAAACGUCACCUUCUUCGGAAGAUGAAAGAACGAACAGCCCAUGUGAUGGUGAUGAAAGAUCGAGCUGUUCACGACUUUUCAUCUUCGAAUGCUGCCCGUGAUAUCAACUCCGCGCCUGAAAGUACAUCGAGUGUACAUAGCCAUCAUGAUCAUCCUAGGAUUUCUGCUGAAGACACCGAGGAAGACGAUAUCAUGGAAGACGAUAUGUCGACCCCAUCAUCGCCUGAAAAUGGGAAGUUUGGCAACGAUUUUGAUGAAGAAAUGAGUGAACGGGAUGUUUUUGAACGCGAACGUAAGAGGAAAGCAGAUGAUGAUUUUGAGGGACUGGAUGACACUGCACACAAACAAUCAAAGCCCAAAACUCCUACACAGGCACAACUUCUACAUCUUUAUAACGGAGCAAACUCGUGGGAGAAACAUAGGGGCGCUAAUCUAUUUGGGGAGGCGGGUGGUCUUUCCAAGGACACCCCUCCGACAUGGGCUUGCAAUAGAUGGUCUGUAUCGACAUUAAAGGCGUCGGUAGAGACCCAAGAGACAAUGCCUGUGAACGAUGCAGUCCAUGUCUUGGCUUUGACAGAUACCGGUUUACAUUACUUCACAGAAGAACAGGCCUCUAUUGGAGACGCAUCUGCUAGGAGCCUGGAACAUUGGAGCCUGGUAGAGAUUGAAAACCUAAAUAUGACUCAGAAUAACCGAGAGACGAGCACUGUCAGUAUGGAGAUGUGCGGUCUGGUAUCAAGAGGUGGCAGAGACUUUUUUGGAGAACGUAUUGAUGUUGAACUACCAAAUGAGGAUGCACAACAUUUCAUGAAUUCUCUCAAACAAGCCCACAGUACACUCAUGAACCGAUUGAACUUCCAUGCAAGGUUUGAAACCCCCUUGAUCGGCUCCACAUCGAGCCAAAUUGUGGCGGAUAAGGAUGAGCAAUGGGUCGACAGGACGAUUCGCAUGUGGGGCAAGCUCUUUAAUGUUGAAGAUCGGAUAAUUGAGUCGAUUGACUACUCAAUUCGCCGCGGCACCUUCACGUUGAAGCCAGCGGAGAACGAUAGAAAGGCUCAUCCGACAUUAGUCAUUGGUGCAGUUAUGCGUACGCUCCGCGAGUACGACCAAUGCUCCAAGGUUCGAUUCGAAGAUGUUAAGGUUUUGGAAGACGGAUGGAGGAAGCCAGAACUGAUUCAAGAACUUGAGAAGAUGAGUCGAGAGAUGAAGCAUAUUGAUUGUUGGAACUUUGCUGGUUGCCGUUGGACCCCAGAGACUGUGAAGGGAUUUUUGAGCGGACUUACUGGUGUAGAUCAGCAAGUACGUAGUAGCCAGGGUCGUGAGCCCUGCAGGCGGAUUUCACUAGCGAGAAAUGAUUUUGCAAGGAACAAUGAUGUCGGUCAUUGGUUGGCUAGAUGUCUGGAGCAGUGGAGACAAUUUAGAACACUUGACCUUACGGACUGUAAUAUUGGUCUUGGAGGCAUUGAAGCUCUUGUCAAAAACCUUAAGAAUAUGUUCACGAUCAGGUUGCAAGGCAAUCAAGUUGAUGAACGCUGGUGGCAAUGGACUGAUUCUCUUCUUGCCAACAACCAGAGUCUUCAGAAGUUCCGACUAGGGGCUCCUAUUCCUCCUCCAACUACAGACACCAGCAUUGUCAAUCUUGAAAGACUCUCGAAAUUACAGGAUAUCACUUCUCUGGAUCUCUCUACUGCGCCAAUCAAUCAUGCGACCAUCACAGUUUUAUGCACUUUCGUGGCAACACAUCGUGAGCUAUUGACGAUCACUCUAUCCCGAUGCCAACUUGAGUGGAUUGACUUAGUUCCAUUGUUCAGGACCAUAUGCUCUGUAAACGAAAGUACAAAAUUCACGCUCGAUGUCAGCCAAAACAUGCUCUUUGAGUCGGAGGAGUCUGUCCAGGCCUGGACACAAAGCAUUGCUGAGUCUGGAAGGAGAAUUGAUGGGACACCCUUUGGAAUCAAGAUACAAGGCCUUGUUGUCCGUGAUGCGGCCAUGCAAUGUGUUCUAAAGGCCUUGGAGGGGGCAAUAUGUUUCAAUGAGUUUAAUGUUAAGGGCUUAUUGAUUAAGCGUGAGAGUCAGGUUGAGGAAUUGAAUGGCCUACCUUAUGAAGAAGUCGUGCUCAAAAUCAAACCAGAAGAUGCGUCGAAGGAGACUUGUCUUGGUCUUGGACGUGUGCUCACAUACAACAAGACAUUGGUUAUGCUAGAUAUUUCAGGCAUGGAAAUUGAACAGAUGGUUCAAGACACCGCAUCGAUGAGUAUUGAUCCAGUAAGCGGUAGUAGCGGCCAUAAUAAGACUAACAGCGGUAGUCUAACUAGACCUGAGAGCGUUAUAGUUAAAGGGCGGUCGACUGGCGGAUUUGGACGUCGUGUGUCGUUGGCCUUCCCAUCAUUGGCCGAAAAUGACACAUUACGAGUUCUAUCAAUGGACUACAAUCGCUUUGGGGAGGAUGGUAUGGUAGCUCUAGCUGAGGCGUUGAAGAUCAAUACCGGCCUCGGUGUAUUAUCAUGUGACGGCAAUGAUGCAUAUACUCACAAGGGGCUUAAAGCUAUUGAGAAGAUUCUGCCUCCCUUCCACUCAAAGUCUACAAUAACCCCAUCAAGGAUGGCCUCGACUAUGAUGGAGACGUUCCAGGGUACGAUGGAGGAUGCGCAAGCAGCUGGAUACAAUAGCACGCUCUCCGUAUGGAAACUCAAGUCGGAUGAGAUAAUGAUGCAUAAGGAUCUGAUCUCAAUGGAGGUUGAGCGUCUAAUGGCCCAUUAUCACCGUAUAGAGAAGAUGCAUGUGCGCAACCGUGAACAGGAGGCCAAGUAUGGCCCGAUGGGUGGUGCAGGACAGAUCGUUAGUGGAGAUUCCCUGUUAAAGGACGCGAAGGAGCGGUAUGAAGAAGCCACAAGAGAUCGUGCCGAGUAUAUGGACACGUAUUCGCGGAUUCUGGAUGCGAUUAAAGAGAAUAAUCGACGUACAAAAGAAGUUUACGAGCGCAAGAGGAUGAUGGAGCAGGUGUCAUAA